AUGAGGCGGGCAGUGCUGCAGCUUUGUACCCUGAGUAAAGGGCUCCUUGCUCCCAUCAGAGAACUGACUCAAGGAUCUCAGAAUCCCAAGAAACAGAGAGUCUUCCACAUUCAUGAAAUUCCAGAUAAGUUGCAGGAGAUAGUAGGAGCAUCCACAAACUGGAGAGACCACGUGAAAGCAAUGGAGGAAAGAAAAUUACUUCAUAGUUUUUUGGCUAAGUCACAGAAAGGACUGCCACCUAGGAGAAUGAAAGACAGUUACACUGAAGUUCUCUUACCUUUGGGCAGUCAGCCUGAAUUACGAGAGAAAUAUUUGACUGUUCAAAACACUGUAAGUUUUGGCAGGAUUCUUGAGGAUCUUGACAGCUUAGGAGUUCUUAUUUGCUACAUGCACAACAAAAAUCAUUCAGCUAAGAUGUCUCCUUUAUCAAUAGUUACAGCCCUGGUGGACAGGAUUGAUAUGUGUAAGAAGAGCUUAAGCCCAGAACAGGACAUCAAGUUCAGUGGCCAUGUUAGUUGGGUUGGGAAGACGUCCAUGGAAGUGAGGAUGCAUAUGUUCCAGUUACACGACAAUGAAUUUUCCCAUUUUGGAUGUGACAUUUGUAAUGGUGGCUCGUGAUUCUGAAAACAAAGGGCGGGCAUUUGUAAAUCCACUCACCCUUGAAAGCCCAGAGGAAGAAGAGCUCUUUAGACAAGGAGAAUUGAACAAGGGGAGAAGGGUCGCCUUCAGCUCCAUGUCAUUACUGAAAAUGGCUCCCACUGCUGAGGAGAGGACAACCAUACAUGAGAUGUUUCUUAACAUGCUGGAUCCAAAGACUAUAAGUUUUUGAAGUCGAGUUUUGCCUCCUAAUGCA